GCGAAGGAUAGACUAAGCUAAAUCGGGAAUUUUCCCCUGACACACGUGAGAGCCCAAGAAAGAGAAGACAAUAACGGAAUAAAACGUUAUUAAUCUUUGAUUUAAAGACAUUUUGACUCUGCCUGUUGAAAUAUUUAGUUUUCUACUCGUUUGCUGCUAGUUUAGUUAUUCCGCUGGGCACAAAACAAGUUUUGUGGCCAAAUUAUGGUUGGUGGCAAUAAACGCCUGCUUAUAUUGUCGAAGGAGGAUGCCUGUUGUUGGCUUCCGCUACUUUCCUGAUACCUCUUUCCUGCUUGCUUAGUCUUUUGAAAAUGUAUGGAAUAACGAAUAGUUCUGUUACAAAUCUGCAAUGAACGAAAGUCAUCAUUCGAGGAGAUCGAAUUGCGUGCACAUCUUUGGGUCUUAUAAUUUAUUUGGAACAGUACUCUGUGUGGUUUGGUGUCGCUACACUUUCUUUCGACUCUUGGGUACGUCGUUGGCGUAGAUAGCGCAGUGGUAAACAUUUUCUCCUCAAUUGGAACCUGUAUUAUACCAUACUUGGAUAACGUUUCUGAAGUUCCCACAAUAACAAAUAAACACCUUUUACCGCCGUGGAUUAUACAUAAAGAAACCCUGGAUAACACAAUAGUAGGAUAAACUGUUGUUUUCUGGAGAGGAGGAACGCAGAGUGUAAGAUGCGUCUAGAAGAAUGCUGUUUCUUGUAAAAUGGAAUUGAAUUUUUUUUUUGCAGUUGUGGUGGUUUGUUCAUUUUUUUCGAGUUUCAGCCAAGAACUCAAUCCCAAAGGCAGGAAUGUAUGCAAACUACCAGGGUCACCAGGCUUGGUAUGCUGCAGUGGGUGGGGGCAGCUAGGCAAUGAAUGUUUGACACCUCUUUGUGUAGGGAACUUUACCUGUAAGGAGAAUGAGGUGUGUGUCAGGCCCAAUGAAUGUCGCUGUCGCCAUGGAUAUUUCGGAGCCAGUUGUGAUACAAAGUGCCCAACCCAAUUCUGGGGCCCCGACUGCAAGGGCAAGUGCCAGUGCUUCCCCAACGGCCACUGUGACGACAUGACGGGCAAGUGCACGUGCAACCCCAACCGCUGGGGGCCCAACUGCCAGAAGCCCUGCCUCUGCCAGAAGGGCAAGUGUGACCAGGACACGGGCUCGUGCACAUGCCACCAUGGCUUCUGGGGCCCUCAGUGUGCUAACAACUGCUACUGCAGUCUCAACUCUGUGUGUGACCAGAACACAGGAAGGUGUAACUGUAGUCUAGGUUGGUCGGGGAGGAACUGUGCCAUCCAGUGUAACUGUAAUAACUCACCAUGCGAGCAGUUUACGAGUCGGUGCCAGUGCCAGGAGAGACAUUGGGGCCAACGGUGCGAGAGGUAUUGUCAGUGUGUCCAUGGGAAGUGCAACCAGGUGGACGGCUCGUGUACCUGUACCCCGGGGUACCGAGGGAAGUUCUGCAGGGAACCGUGUCCCGCUGGAUUCUAUGGACAGAACUGCAAGAACAGGUGUGGGCACUGUAAGGGGCAGCAGCCCUGUAAGAUAACUGAGGGCAGGUGUGUAACCUGUGAGAGGGGCUGGAACGGGACCAAGUGUGACCAGAUGUGCCUGUCAGGCUUCUUCGGAGAGAACUGCCGGGAUGUGUGUCCUCCGUGUAAAGACGGCCACUUCUGCAACCGCAUCGACGGAAAGUGCUCCCACUGCAACCCCGGUUGGAUCGGGGACAGGUGCGAGGUGCGUUGUCCCAACGGGACUUAUGGGGAUAACUGUGAGAAUGACUGCAGCCACUGUUUUAACGGCGUCUGUCACAUUGCCACCGGAGAGUGCCUGUGUGACCCAGGAUUUUACGGGACAUACUGCAACAUGACGUGUCAGAUGGGUCAGUAUGGAGUGAACUGUGCCCAGACCUGCACCUGUCACGACAACAACUGUAAUCCGGUGUCUGGGGCCUGCAACCUACAGCCUAACCAGAGGAUGGGUGUGAUCGCGGCGGGAACCCUGGUCUUCUUUCUGCUCAUUGUCCUCCUCUCACUCCUCUGCUGCUGCUGCCUCUGCAGAAAUAAACACCACCAGAAUCCUGACCAAGACAACUCUACCAACAGUAAAAAAGCCAGGCGGAUCCUGUGUGGACGAUUUAGCCGAAUCAGCACCAAACUCCCCCGGAUCCCACUGAGACGGCAGAAGCUGCCUAAAGUAGCCGUAGCCCACCACCCUGAGAACACAUUCAACUGCAGCUUCAUCGAGCCCCCCUCUGUAGCCGAGCUGCCCAGCCCCUCCUCCUGGUCCUCCCAGGAGUCCUUUGAUUCUUUCGAAGAGGAACCCAGUGAUGAUGGCCCUGUGUACUGUGUUCCCCAUGAAGAGUCGCUGAAUGAGAAUAAGGUGAAGGGCAGUCCCCCUCUUGCUGAGAUGCCAGCAGCAGCCUUCCACAGUGAGGAUGAUACAGGUGGGUAUACCUCCCUAAAAGACACCAGCGCCACCACCUACAAACCCCAGGAUGGGAGUGAAGCGCCCCUCAAGUCCUCAGACAGCGAGGGCUCCACCAGCAGUUCUGAGUCAGCCAUUGGGGCCCUUUAUGCCCGCAUUGCACACCUCUCCAAGAAUUCCAAGGAGGAAGAAGAUGGGGGCGACAGCAUGGUCACCAUCGAGGUCAAGGGUAAAAGGAAACCACCGUCCCCGGGGGGAAAGACCAGGACCAAACCACGCCCGCCGGACCCCUCCACCAAACCCAAGGUGUCGUGGAUCCAUGGGAACAACGGGGGUACCACUCUCCAGGUGGAGAAGCCGAACCAGGGGGACAAGGGGCUAACAUUUCCCAAGGUGAAGACAACCAGGAGCUCCAGCAACAGCUCAGCCAAGAGCGAAGAGAGGCAGAGGCUGAAGGAGAAUUCCAAGGAGAAGAGCAAGCGAGAGGAAAAGGGGACGGUGGUCAAUGGCUCCCCUAGCAAACACAAGGCCCACUGGGUGGGGAGGUCCAGAGAGAACAUGAACCACAUGGAGCACAUCAAUGGGGUGGUGCAAAACGCUCUAAAGAAGAUUGGCAACUUCCACAACUCCGAUAAGAAGGCAUCCGCUGUGGAGAUCGCCAAGGAGGCGCCCAAGAGCCCCAAAGUGAUCCACCCACACAUGAACUCAGAGGCCGCCACACUCCUGGCCGCACAGCUCAAGGAGAAGACUCAGAGCAUCACCCGGAACGAGGGCACAGGCCUGGUAAAGACCAACGGCCUGUCCACCCCGAUCCUCCGGGGCCGAGGAGACCGGGAAAAGCCCACCCCUCCGCAAAAGGCCAAACGGACCACCGCUCCCACACCAGGCCACCAGGGCUCCAACAAGCCUCUGCUGCCUACCACCACCAGCCUCCAGAAGAUGGUGGGUGUUGAGGACCCAGCUACCCCCGAGGUCGCCCCCAAGAGCCCGGAGAAGCAGGACUUGAACGGCUCUAGAGUGGUAGAGGGUUGUGGUGGUGCGGGGGACCCCACGCUAAAGAAGACCCCCAUCAAAAAGCCUCCCCGAAAGAAAGGCAAGGACGGGACUUUGGAUACUACUCUGGAAACUAAGACACCGACAAAGACAGCGAUUAUGCCACCGCAGAUCGUCAAAUAGAACGUUUUUUAAAUUGUUUCUCACAGACAGGACAAUGGUGACAAUGGUGAAGGAAUGACUUCUUCCAAAGGAGACAUGCAAAAGGACCUGGUGGUUGUUCAUCAAAGGAGUGUAUUAUUUUUGCGCGUGUGUGUGCUGUGUGUCCAGAAUCAGCGGAAAGUAAGUGGAACUUGUUUUUAAACUGUGGUUCUUCUCAUUGGUGUGGGAGUGGGUUUGUAAUCUAUUGAACUGUAUACCAUACUAGUAUUACAUUGACUGAUGUUGAAAGUAAAUUCAUGGACUCUUUUCAUAAACCUGCGAUGUAUCCGUUUUCCACUACAACGCCAAACAUAACUGGGGGAAGAGUGCUGACAGUGGCAAGCAAUCGUAUUUAAUUUCCUCCAUGUUUCUCCAAUGCUCACAACUAAGUAUUCAUGUAAGAAUCUCAUCAUUGUAUCAUUAUAAUUUAAAACCUUUUUUCCUCAAUAUUCUGUGUUAUGCAAUCGAAUUUAUGCAAUGUAAGUGAGGUGAAGUAAGGCUAAGUUGAACCAUGGUACUGAGAAUACAAGUACAAUAUUUUUCAGUUUGAUUUAAAUUAGCCAGUUACACUCCAUAACGGAGUUGUUGGCCUCUUUUUUUGUCCUUUUUUGUUGUUAAUAUGUUGCGUAAUACCGAAUACAAACCAUUUAAAUUUUUUAGUGUCUUCAGAGAGUACAUUCUUUCACAAUUUUGUCAGUCAUGGUUUGUUGGCAAACAAAUUAGCUUUUUGAACUCAAGCGAACUGUUAAGGAAGCAUUACGUUGUCAUUCUUCUCCUAACAGAGCUAUGGCCUCGAGACUGCAAUUCUUUUUUGUCCUCUCUAAUUGGUAUUGGUUUUUGGUCUGUAUCUCUAAGGCCACUGUGUUAGGUCCUGUUGUCCCCUUUGAGAGGACAUUCUGCCAUGUUUCAAUAUCAUCACAUGUGUGGGGGUGUCAUCUUCAUAAAAAACAAAUCUGGUUCAAAAUGGCUCUAUUACAAUUUCCAUCACAAUUAACACAUUUUAUUGUGUUAUCAUUUUUGUGAGUUUGAUAUUCAAAUAGUUUCUAAUAAGUAAAUAUCUCAGGAAUAGUUUGGUAAGUUUUCAGAGCAGUGUAAUACAUUUUCCACAUGAAAUAAGAGUAACUUUUGGAUAUGCUCUCUUUUUACAAGUAAAACCAGCAAAAAAAAAUGCUAAGCUAUUUUUUCCUUGUGCUUAUCGAAUAGCUAACUUGUGUAAAUGCCAUACUUUUAGGUUCUUUCCAAAUCCUUCCUUCAAUCUCACCCACAUACGGGGAAGCAACGCUCCGUAUCAAGAAGUAAUAAAGAACAUCCUUGCAUAAUGUUUCAUAAAGGGCAUGAAACAAUGGCUACAGUGCUAGAGGCGUGACUACAGGCUGUAUCACAACUGGCCGUGAUUGGGAGUCCCAUAGGGCGGUGCACAAUUGGCCCAGCUUCGUCCGGGUUUGUCCGGUGUAGGCAGUCAUUGUAAAUAAGAAUUUGUUCUUAACUGACUUGCCUAGUUAAAUAAAACAUUUAAAAAAUGUAAUGAUGGAUUAGUCAUCUGGUCUUAUCACAAUGUUGUCUAUUAAGGUUGAAGGCAUUGUGGAAGUUUCCCUAUAAAAAGGCAGUGAUCAUGGAUGAAGUCAGUCUGGUCAGACAAACAGCUUUUGGUUGUGAACUGAUACCUCCCUUUUCUGCUGCUCAGAUACAUUAGUGCAUUAUUAUUCUGUGGAAGGCCCUAAGUAGCUACAUCUUCUCUGAUUUAUAAAGGCAUGGUAUAGUGGAACAUUCGCUAUAGCAAGUAUUUCAAUUGCGAUAAUAAAUAGAAAAGCAAUAAAGAACAUCCUUGUCUUAAACCUCAAGAUAAUUUAAUACUUUCAGAAAAAUUACCAUUAUUUAUCAUUUCACAUGCAACGUUGUUGUGCAUGACUUUUCUGCUAUUUUGCCAAGAGAUUACACCACUAAUGUCUGAUGGUACCAUUCAUUAUUACUGGGAAAUAUUACGUAGCAGAAGAAAUACAACACAAACUGUUUGAUACUUCAGUCAUUAACUUCAUGUGGUUUAAUUCACUAUUGCAUGACUUAGUCUAGACAUGUUAUAUUGGUUUUAUGCCAAGUUUACUUUGUCCCAACUUGAAGUGUGGUAAAUUAGUUUAUCAAAGCCAGCUAAUUGGGGCGGCAGGUAGCCUAGUAGUUAGAGCAUGGGGCCAGUAACCGAAAGGUUGCUGGAUCAAAUCCCAGAGCUGACAAGGGAAAAAUAUGUUGUUCUGCCCCUGAACAAGGCAGUUAACCCACUGACUUGCCUAGUUAAAUAAAGGUAAAAAAAAUAUAUAUAUUUAAUUGAAGCUAAUUAUCUAAUUAUCACCCUAUCCUAGACCCAAAGGAAUCUAUUGUGUCUUACUGUAAUCAGUCUAAGACAUGGGAAAUAUGAUGAUGGGUGUGGUUUUGAGCAAAUGUACAUUUGUACAUUUACUCAACAAGCUUGUUCAAAUUCCACUCACGAGUAGAAUGUACAAUUGGAAGGCAACCAGCUGCAAUAGGAUAAGUUGACAUGGAAUUGUUUUAAUGGUCAUACCAUUUAGCUCAUUUAGCUAUUUGAUUUAGAAUUUUAGGUAUUUGUAUUUGAUGAAAUAUAGAAUUUGGCCUUUAGUACCAAAUCCCAUAGAAACGCAUUCAAUAACACAUUCAUAAAUGGAUUAAGGUUUUAUAGUGUCUGUCCUAUAUCUUUGAGAUGUAAGAAAGCUCAGGAAAUAUAUCAAAUGUAUAUUUUUUACACAUAUUUAACCCCUUUUUUUGGGUAGUCACACAACUACCUCCAUACUUCCAUUCAUUAAAAACUGGUACCGGUUACAUUCAGAUGAGUCCCGUGGGGGUUGUAGAGCAAAACGGAGAACCCCAUCGUGUUCGUAGAGCAAAACGGAGACCCCCAUCGUGUUCGUAGAGCAAAACGGAGACCCCAUCGUGUUCGUAGAGCAAAACGGAGACCCCCAUCGUGUUCGUAGAGCAAAACGGAGACCCCAUCGUGUUCGUAGAGCAAAACGGAGACCCCCAUCGUGUUCGUAGAGCAAAACGGAGACCCCCAUCGUGUUGGUAGAGCAAUACGGAGACCCCAUCAUGUUCUUGGGAGUCUCAUAUAUCCAUAGAGUGGACUCUACAGCAGUUUUCAUGAGAAUUCCGAUUUUCGGGAUGUCUCAUGGUCUGACAAACACCACUGUAGCCACCUGUAGCCACCUUCCACCACAGAAGAGGAAGGCCUUCAUAGGCGGAUGUGGUGGGCUGAGACGCAGCCCAUGCAAGAACGGAUAUCUCUAGCUUAAACUGAAGGAUCUUGAUGGGGAUUUGUUUUAUUGUGGUAAUUAGAUUGAAGCACCGGUGCGUCAAUAGACUCUAGGGGGAUAGCUACAGUAAUAUAGUUGUGUGUUUUUAUGCAUGUGAUAGUAACUACAUUGCAAGAGGAAGCUCACAGAACUAGAGCGUAUGGGAUAUGAAUAAAACAUAUUCAUACUAUAGUACAUAAGUGACAGUGGUUUAUGCUGUGGAUUCAAACUCACAUUUCACUUUCACAGUUUGAAAAGCUAUUUGAGUGCUUAUGAUUCCUACACAUUUGUUAUUGCUUGUUUCCAUUUUUUUUAAAUGUGGGUUUCAACGAUACAGCCAGUCUCCUCUUUUAUCAGUUAUUUUUUUCUACAUGUGAAAGUAUAAUUGUAUAUGUGUGUAAGCUGUGCUUAUAUAAAUUGUUUUGCUACUUUACUCUGUAUGUGUCAAUGAACUGGCUUUCAUGUUACGUUUGAUGUCUUUAAGUCAGGGUCUCUGCAGCCACAGUAUGAGUACUUCCUUGGCUUGUCAUUUCCCCUUUCUCUGUGGAUGUUGUUAGUUUAACACUAAACUUUAUGAAGCAGAGUGAAAUUAUAUGGAAACCUAUAGCCUUCUCUCUUUUAUCUUAUCAACUUUUCUUAAUCCUUUUGUCCUUAGGAAAUAUCAAAUAUCAAAACUUCAAAGUAUUGUACAGGACAUGUAUUAUUGUGUCACCACUGUUAUUAAGUAAAUGUAACUGAAACCAUACAAGUUGUGUGAUUAUAAAGUGCCAUUUUAAGCAAGCAGGAACCAAAUAUUUUUAUAUCUGACUGACUGGCCUUUGCCUGCUUUCACAGGCUACAGUACAUAUUUGUAAGCAGGGCCUCAACGCUGCAGAAACAUUAUCAGCGAUACGGUUGUAACUCGUCAUUCUGUUUGUCUGAUUAGAUUUUCAGUUGUUUGUCUUCAAAUGUUUUUUUUUUAAAUUAAUUUACUUUGAAAUAAAAGCGAUACAUGUAGUGGC